AUGUGAGGACAGUACAGAGAUCAGAUCAAACUCCUCACAGGAGGACGACACUCAUGGCCAAUGAGACAGAAGAUCAUGAGACUCAAUACUGCUUUCCUGCUGUUAACUCAUCGUGCAUCAAGACCAAACGCUCCACACUUGAAUCCAACGUCAUGUAUGUGUUUUUUUCACUUCUGUCUGUAUGGACCGUGUUUCUGAACCUGCUGGUGAUCAUCUCCAUCUCUCACUUCAAGAAGCUUCACACUCCAACCAACCUGCUCAUUCUCUCUCUGGCUGUGGCCGACAUGCUCGUGGGACUCAUUGUGAUUCCUAUCGAAGGCAUGAAGCUGACUGCAACCUGCUGGUAUUUUGGACACAUUUUCUGUGGACUGUAUUCAAUGUUCGUUGGGCUUCUCCUCUCGGAAUCUCUCUGCAAUUUAUUGUUGGUUGCCAUUGACCGUUAUGUGGCUGUGUGUCAUCCUUUGUCAUAUCCUCAAAAAAUAACCACAUCUAGAACUUUGACUAUUAUAUGUUUCAGCUGGUUUAGUUCUUCUGUCUAUAACAUCUCGUUUUUUACAGAUAACGGGUAUUUCAAUCCCUCAAGCGGAAAAGACUCGUGUUAUGGCCAGUGUCCAUUUUAUAUUAGUUUCGCUUGGUCAGUCACUGAUCUGAUCCUGUCCUUCAUUGUUCCCUGCACUUUGAUCAUAUCUUUAUGUGGCCUGAUUUUCUAUGUUGCACAUCAGCAUGUGAGAGUUAUUAACUCUCUGAUGAAGAGUAGAAAACAUUUAACAGAAGGUUCAGCGAGGAGGAAAUCUGAGAGCAAAGCUGCUCUGACAUUAGGAAUCAUUGUGAGCGUUUAUCUGUUUUGUUGGAUUCCCUACUAUAUCAUAUCUGUAGCGGGGAACACGGUCAUCUCAUCCUCCACUGCAAAGGCUCUAAUGUGGGUUCUGUAUUGUAACUCCAGUCUGAAUCCUCUCGUCUAUGCGUUCUUUUACAGCUGGUUUAAAAAAUCUGUUAAACACAUAUUAACACUUAAAAUAUUUCAGCAGGCAUCCUCUCUGGUUAAUAUUACGGUGGAUAAUCAUUAA